AUGUCAUCGAAUGAACUUCAAGAGGAAAAUUAUGAUCAAAUUGACAAUAAGGAGUCCGUCUUGCAAGCUGAUGACUUCCUCCUCCACUUGAUUUUUGUAGAGCUAGACUAUCCACUAGAAAGAUCAAAAAUCACCAAGCACGAAUUCUUGAUGUCCCGUCGAUUAACCUCCGAUCAACCCUCGACAACAGCCCUGGUGUCGCAAAUGCUUUCUCGUAUUAGUAUCUUGACAACCAUUGAAGAUCAAAGGGAUGGUUUAGCCCAUGACAUCUCCAAGCAAGCUUGUUCAUGGCCUACCGACGAAGAUCAUAUGUUUGUUCACUCGGUUAUAUUUGAUAUAGUGAGUUGGUUGGGGUGCGUCACCAUCACAGCCGAGCGGGAGAAGACACCUACAGAAGCAAUUUUCAUUACCAUUGACACAGUAAUCCAAGACGAUGAACUGUUGUCUAGUACUGAUGGAUGUGGUUUUGCAUGGAAGAAAUCGGAAAACAUCGAGCAACCUAUGGAUUGUGCGAUAUGUUUAGAAGAGAUUUUGAUACCCAAGAUUGGUGGAGCUGCAUGCUUGCCUUGCUCGCAUGUUUAUCACCAUUACUGCAUUGUUAGGUGGUUCCUGGAGAGUAAUCUGUGCCCUUUGUGCCGGGUUAGAGUGUUCGCAGGGAUGAAUACUUAG